AUGCGCAGCGCGAGCGAUCCAGGGGUCCGAGGGCGCGUGCGCGGGAGCGGCGCGAGCGGUUCCCGGGGCCGAGGGCGCGUGCGCGGGAGGGAGGGCGAGGCCCGACUGAGCCCGGGGGCCGAGGGCGCGUGCGCGGGAGGGAUCGCGGGGCCCGGGGGCGCGCGCCCCGCCGCCGCCUCAGCCUCAGCCGCCUCAGCGGCCGCCUCAGGCCCCGUCCCGGAGGGGUCCCUGGGCGCGCGGGCGCGGGCGGCGUGGGGCCGUCAGGCCGUGCUGUGGGGGCGGGCGCGAAGGCUGUGCCGCCGGCUGCAGGCCGUGCGGGCCCGACAGGCCGAGAGGCACGUCCGCCGGCAGCUGACCGCCCUCCGCCGGGACCGGCCCGCCGACCGGGACACCGACCCACCCCCGGGGCCGGGGCCCGGGCCCGCACCCGCCCACCUGCGCCGCCUGGUGGGCAGCGCCACCCACCUCCUCCGCGCCGUCCACCGGGACUGCGACUCCGACGCCACCGGCAGCUCCAGCGGGUCCUCCGCCGCCUCCUCCACCUCCUCCUCCUCCUCUUCCUCCUCCUCCUCCUCCGCCUCCUCCUCCUCCGGUGCCGACGAGGACGAAGAAGAGGACGACGACGACGACGAGGAGGAGGAGGAGGAGGAGGAGCCGCCCCCGAGGACCCCCCGGCAGGACCGGCCGCCCGCGGGGUGCCGCCGGGCCGAGUGGCAGUGGGCCGUGGAAAGGGCCGCCAUCAUCUGCCGUUGGACGUGGCUCCAGGCCCAAGUCUCCGACCUGGAAUAUCGGAUCAGGCAGCAGACGGACAUCUACAAGCAACUCCGAGCCAAUAAGGGCCCCGUGGUCCUCGGGGAAGCCCAGCCGCCCGAAGACUUGGCAGCGAGGCCACCAUGCCGCCCGGCGGACCCCCGGACCCCCGCCGCUCCGAAGGCCCCGUCCGGAGAAAGAGGACCGGGCCCCUCUCCGUGCCACCCUGCCCGCACCGGCCCCUCCGCGGACAAACAGAACCCCCACCUCCCGCCGCCUUCGGGAAACCUCGUGUGCCGCCCUCCUUCCUGUCGCCCCAUCAACGGGACCCCCGGCCCCCCGAAAGCCUGUCUGCCCUCCCGUCACGUCAACGGCAUCAUCAACUGUUUGCGACCUAACCCCUCGGCUGGCGGCCCCGGCCCCGACGAGAGCCUAGGCAAGCGAAAGCGGUGGGACUCCCCCGUCAACCUUGUCUCUCCGCCCGACAGCAGCUGCAUCGCUGCCCGGAGCCGCCCUCUGUGCCGCUACAGGAAGCGCCGGCUACUCCGCACCGACGCCGUCUCGUACCUCAGCAGAAAGCCUCAGAAACCUCUCCCAGUGAAGUGUAGCUGCGAGUGGCCUCAGACUUGCAUCCUGUGCGCCUGCAAGGCCGCCGUGCAGGCCAUCGACGUCACCGCCAUGACCUUGGAAGAGCGAAUCGGCCUGCUGGACUCCGGUUUCCAUCCCAUCCUCUCAUUCCCUCACGGCAGCCCUCUUCACUUGCGCUUCGAGGCCCUCCUGAAAGAGGAUCGACUCUCGUACAAGGCCCUGAAGAUGUCCCAGCUGAGUCAGGGGGCCCAGGUGCUCACGGCGGCUUACCCGGUGCUCGCUCCGUCCCCCGUCGCCCUGACCGGCCCGCCUCGCAAAGGGGAACGCCACCUGCGCGGAGCGGCCCCGGCCAACCACCGGCUGUUCGCCCCCGGCCACGACCCGCCGAAACCCAGCCCGCUGGCCAACCACCUGCCACCCUACCUGGCGGACGGCCCCCCGCUGCCAUCGGCCGCCCAGCCCCCGGCCGGCCACCCCGCGGCUCUGAAGAGGAAGAGGCCCGAGAGCUCCUAUGACAUCAACAACAUCGUGAUCCCAAUGUCCAUGGCGGCCGCGGCUCGCGUCGAGAAACUGCAGUACAAGGAGAUCCUGACGCCGAGCUGGAGACUGGUGGAGCCCAAAGAGCUGGAACCAGGAGAUGAGGGGGACUCUGAGCUGGAGGACACUUCGGACGAGGCCUAUCGGAACCAUCACACCAAGUAUGAAGAACUGGAGCGUUCCCGCUGGGACUCCUGGACGGCAGCGGCCAUCUCUCACAGAAGAGGGAGCAGGUCGUCCAAGAAGGGAGAAGGACGGGGGACUCCGUCCGCCCCGGGCCCGAGCCGGCCCCUGUCCCCGGACGGCGGCUGCGGGGGCGGCCUCACCGACGCGGCCCCCGCCGGCACCCCCAGCCCCGAGCCCUGUAGCCUGUGGCCGGCCCUGGCCGCCAAGGACCGGACCCGCGUGCUGUCGUCCUGCAGCGAGGACACCAGUUCCUCCGCCCCGGAAACCCCGGAGGACGCCGUGCAGACAGUCCAGCCCUGGGAGCGCCGAACCUUCCCCCUGUCGGAGGCCACGUCCCGCGCCCUCCUGGAUCGGCCCGACCGGCCGCCGCCCCGUCCCCCCCCGGCCGCCCCGCCGCCGUGGUGCUCCCACCGCAAGCCCGGCCCCAGGACUCCCAGCGAGGCCUCCCCGGAGGCCCGCCCGCCCCCCGGCAGCCUGCCCGGAGGCGGCGGCGGCGGCGGCGGCGGCGGCUGCGUAGACGAGUUCACCGGCCGGGAGUGCUUCCCGGCCCGGCUGCUGAAGAACAGAUGA